AUCAUUUUUAGACAAAAAUGGGGAUUUCCCUUACGUCGUUAAUUCUUGCAAAUUAUGAUAAUUUAUGAAACAUUGAUCUUCCCAUCUCAUAUAUGCUGUUUGUGGGGAAGGAAGUUAUUGGCGUGUUUGAUUGCUUUUUUUGCAGCCGAAUCGAAGAAUGGCCAGUGUUGCGAAUGCUGCCGAAUUGGAUAUAGUGACGUGCUCCAUUUGUAAAGAUAUCUUUAAGAAUCCAGUGAAAAUAUCUUGUAAUCAUUCAUUCUGUGAGGAUUGCAUUGACAAAACUUGGGCAGCCAGUGGUAAAUAUACAUGUCCGAUAUGUCGUACUGCAUGUGAUGGAACGAAGAACGUUGACUUUAGAAUAAUACAAAAAAUGUCGGAAUUGACAAUAAACUGCAGUAAAUGCUCUAAGAAAGUCUUUGUGAUUGAAUACAGACGACAUCAAAGAACACACGACCAAACGUCGUCUCUCAGCAGGACGCCGUCGAGAAGAUUGGGUAGUUUUUGUGGUAGCAGCACUCGUCGUAACAUCUACACUUUUCCUUGUCCUUAUUGUGACAAGAUGUUUGACCGCGAAGAUUUGAUACGUCACGUCUUGGCAGUUCAUAGAGACUGCGAUCCAAAAGUUGUGUGCCCUAUUUGCAAAGUUAUGCCUUGGGGAGAUGCUAAUAAGAAAAGUGACAAUUUUUUCGAUCAUAUUAAGAAGCGACAUCAAUUUGAUUACGACAGAUUCGUGGAUUUGAACCAAAGCGAAGAAGAUUCCCUUAGGAAUGCGUUGAUGCUUAGCUUGGAACAGUAUUGAAAUGCAAAACUUUACACCGGCUGAGAACAUUUAUAACGAUGACGAAGCAGGCGUUGCACCUAGCGAUUUAGAACAAGCGCCAGCCACAUAGUUCAUUUGAAGACACAACCAAGUGAAAGCGACUCCUUAUGGACACAAGCAGCCUUCGCAUUUUGUAUCAUAUCCUUCAACUGAACUAUUAUUGCAUGCAUUGUAUUAAUUUAUUCACACAUCACGUGGAUAGUGAUCGAUUUGUAAUGGAUGAUGAAGUUUUUAAGGAGUAAUGUUGAAGACGGUAUUCUGUAUUCAUUCAUUCGUUCUCAGUAGACCAUUUAUUGAUUGUAAGUUGCAUUGAUGUUGCAUUUAAGAUGAGGUUAAUACGUAUGGUAAUAUAUUAUCCAAUAAUACUUUAUGUAAUAAAAAUAGUUUUACAUAAAAAUGUGGACUUCCCUUUA